AUGCCACCGAAGAGGAAGGCUCAAGGGGCCGUCACCGGCAGCAUCAAGGUCGGAAAGGGCUCGGCAGUUUCUACGCCAGGAGCGGCCACUCCUAGGAGCGUUGCUAGCGACAAUGAAUCCUCAGUGGUGGAUCCAGUGAGCGAAUCCGAAGACGAGAACCUUGAAAAGAACGUCGACAAGUUUUCCGUCGAAGCCUACCUCGACAGACCGAAGGCGAACGGUCAUGAAUCCAUGUCAGCGCUUUUCAAGAAGAAGCGCGACUUCUCCUAUCUGCACCUCAAGCCCGACUACCAGAACCGCCCGCUAUGGAUCGACCCAGCAAAGGGUCGCAUUUUCCUUGAGAGUUUCAACCCGCUUGCUGAGCAGGCUCAGGAUUUCCUGAUUACGAUUGCCGAGCCCAUCUCUCGACCGUCCUUCGUUCACGAGUAUGCCCUCACAACGCACAGCUUGUACGCCGCUGUCUCGGUGGGUUUGUCACCCCAAGACAUCAUCAACACGCUCGACCGCUUCCUGAAGAUGCCUUUGCCUGAGAGUAUCCGCAAAUUCAUCGAGGGCUGCACUCAGAGUUUCGGCAAAGUGAAGCUGGUGCUGAAAAACACCAAAUAUUUUGUUGAAAGUACCGAUCCGGUCAUUUUGCAAAAGCUCCUGAAGGACCCUGUUAUUGGGCCUCUCCGAGUGCACGGAAACGAGGAGAUUACAACUACUGCGGCCCCCAAGCAGGGACCAUUGGUCAUCCCCGGCACGGCUAAUGCCGCUGGUGUUCGGCAGGCUGAGGAGCAAAAGGCCAAGGGCCGUGACGGUCAAGUCAAGGAGGACGAUGUCUAUGCGACGCUAAACGAUGACGAUGACGACGACCAGGAAAUCACUCACGCCUUCGAAAUCUCGGAUGAUGCCGUAGAGACAGUCCAGAAGCGUUGUUUGGAAUUGGAAUACCCGGUGCUGGAGGAGUACGACUUCCGCAGAGACGAGGCCAACCCCAACUUAGAGAUUGACUUGCGGCCUGGCACAUUGAUCCGUCCAUAUCAGGAGAAGAGUCUCAGUAAGAUGUUUGGUAAUGGCCGAGCCAAGAGCGGUCUGAUUGUUCUUCCUUGCGGUGCUGGAAAAACGCUUGUCGGAAUCACGGCAGCUUGCACCGUCAAGAAGGGCGUCAUCGUUCUCUGCACCAGUUCCAUGUCUGUCGUACAAUGGCGAAACGAAUUCCUCAAGUGGUCGAAUAUCAAGCCGGAGGAUAUCGAAGCCUUCACUUCUGAUAACAAGGGCAGGGUUUUCCCGGGUAAUACCGGUAUCAUCGUGACCACGUAUUCCAUGGUUACACAGACCAGAGAGAGAUCUCAUGAGGCAAAGAAGAUGAUGGACUUCCUCCAAACUCGUGAAUGGGGUCUCAUGCUCCUUGAUGAGGUGCACGUCGUGCCUGCCAACAUUUUCCGAAAGGUCACGUCGUCCAUCAAGACGCACUCAAAGCUUGGUCUCACUGCGACGCUUCUACGUGAGGACGACAAGAUCUCGGAUCUGAACUUCCUCAUCGGACCAAAGCUCUAUGAAGCCAACUGGAUGGAGCUUUCCGAACAAGGCCAUAUCGCAAAGGUUCAGUGUGCUGAGGUCUGGUGCCCUAUGACCACAGAAUUCUAUGAUGAGUAUCUCAAGGCAUCCGCUCGGAAACGGGCUUUGCUUUACAUCAUGAAUCCCCGCAAGUUCCAGGCAGCCCAGUAUCUCAUUAACUACCACGAAUCUCGAGGAGAUAAGAUCAUUGUCUUCUCCGAUAACGUGUACGCGCUGAAGACCUACGCCGAGAAGCUCGAAAAGGCAUACAUUUUUGGCGGCACGGGCCAGGCAGAACGCAUGAACAUUCUUCAAAACUUCCAGCACAACCCGCAGGUCAAUACCCUUUUCCUGUCAAAGAUUGGAGACACUUCAUUGGAUCUACCUGAGGCGACGUGUCUCAUCCAGAUCUCAUCGCAUUACGGUUCCCGUCGUCAGGAGGCCCAGCGUCUCGGCCGUAUCCUACGAGCCAAGCGAAGAAAUGACGAGGGUUUUAACGCUUUCUUCUAUUCUCUCGUUUCCAAAGACACGCAGGAGAUGUACUACUCCUCCAAGAGACAAGCGUUUUUGGUCGACCAGGGCUACGCAUUCAAGGUUAUCACGCAGCUGGCGAAUAUUGAAAAGACGCCCGGUCUCGCCUACGCCGCUGCCAGCGAGAGACGAGAGCUUCUACAGAAAGUACUCAUUGAGAACGAGGCCGGCGGCGAGGAUGAAGUGAUUGACGACCUGUUUCAUAGCGGCACAAUGGGCCGGGCACCGGCCAGGGGCAGGAAGAAGGCCGCUGCUAGGAGGACGGCAGGAUUGUUGGGCGACUUGUCCGGCGGACAGGACAUGGCGUACAUGGAGCAGAACAAGAGAGUGAAGCUCAAGAAGGGCAAGGCCGAGAGCAACACGUUUUUCAAGAAGAUCCAGAGGGAGAAGGCGAAGCGUUAA